AUGGAAAUAAUAUCAAAAAAUCACUUAUCUGUUGUCACUGGAUCAACAAAUAUGAAUUUAAUACUUUGCAUAUGUUUGAUGGGCAUAGUAUCAUUGACAGCGGCACAAACCAGAGUCAAAUGUUUCGACAAUAAUAAGGGCAGAGAUAAAACGGGUAUAAUAUUGGACUGUUCCAAUAUGGCUGGCAAGAGUCAUCCCUAUAGUAUUGAAGACUGGAUCCGAUACCAUGCGUUCUACGAUGAUGGGAUUCUCGCUAAUCGUGUGUUGCAUAUUAACCUGGAAAACAACAAUUUAAAACAAAUAUUCGCACUUCCACCAAUGACAUCGUUGAAGAAAUUGUCAUUUAAAUACAACAACAUAUCGUCUAUUGCAAAUAAGGCGUUGACGAACUUGCCAGCUCUCGAAGAACUGGACAUAAGUUUCAAUUCGUUGAACAGUCAUGAAUUACGUGAAUCUGUUUACCGUAGUUAUCAACGGCCAAACGUACCUUCUACAAAUGAUGAACCAGCGCUAAGAGUCCUGAAGUUAGGAUACAAUAAUAUACAUUCUUUGCCCCCGAAUUUUUUUCAGUAUUUAACGAAGCUAGAAAUUCUUGAGUUGAAUAAUAAUCCUUUAUUGGUAAUUGAUCAAAACACUGAAAUCUCCUUAGGGUAUUUAACAAAUCUUCAGGUAUUGGAUUUAGCCAAUACAGGUAUAUCAGACUUCCCAACAGAUGCGUUUUCCCAACUGUUCAAUGUUCAAACAUUAUACCUGAACGGUAAUCAGUUCCAGAAUAUACCAAAAGAAAUCCGGAACAUGCCUCUGGCGUAUCUUAAUAUGAACGCAAAUCCCAUAAGUAACUUGGAUAGUGAGUCAUUUGUCGGUCUGGACCAACUCCAAGAACUCAUUGUGAGCGGUAUGCCUAACUUGACCGAUGUCGGAUGCGGCACAUUUGCACCACUAAAGAAGCUCAUAACACUACACAUGUCCCACAAUCCCAGUUUGUCAAACAUCCAUUACGACGCUUUCGUGGACAAUACUAGCCAGCAAUGGUCAUUGAGACAACUAUCAAUAAGUUACACGAACAUCAGCAGUAUAGAUUCGAAACUCUAUCCUUGGUCAAUGCUAGACUUAUUCGACGCCAAAGGUAAUCAAUGGACGUGCGACUGUAGCUUGUCAUGGCUUGCAAGUUAUAUCAAUGAAACAUUUUCAGAAAUGCCGGAAAAACUUCUAUAUUAUCGGUGUAACGAGCCCAAAGUCCUAUAUUCGACACUAGUAUCUCAAUUGAAUGAACACAUCGAUUGCGACGAUUAUGUCCAUGUUUCUAAUAAUCACAGUCACGGUCACGUCACACGACUCCGACAUUUUAUCAUUGUCAUCGGUUUAGUAAUCGGCAUUUUCGUGUUUGGCACUUUAAUAAACAUGGGUUGUAGGGAAAUGAAGAAGGUGCUAAAGCCCAGCAUAUAUGUUCCGUCAGGAUUUAGCACUGGUGUAAAAUACAGACCCGCUGAUUUCGAAGAAGAUACAGACACAUUAGAAGUGCCUGCCAAGACCACAACGAUCAAUGGACGAUCACCGAUAGUUAUAAACAAUACAGACUGA